AUGCCUGUUCUAGAUCCCACCGACUCUACAACCUUUUGCAAGAAAGGCGAUGAAGGGCUAUCAAGAAUUUUACUUGAAGUUCAUUCCUCAGAUAGAAUUAGUGAUGCAGAAACCGACAGCGAUGAUCCAGAGCAGGUUCAAGAACCUGAUGAUUUCCCUACAUUUGAGCUGAAGUCCGAUGCACAGCGGUUACCGGGGUGGGUGUAUGAGCCAGAAAAUCUAGGCGAUGCGAGUAGAGUUUGUGAUCCAGUGAAACCCGGACAGAUCUGGAAGAAUUACCGAGCUCGUCGGGGGAAGACAGGCUGGCAUCUGGAUGGGCGUCAGAUGUCCAAGUGA